UUUAGGGUUUUUAUUUGAUCCUGUGACUUUCUCCGAUUACUUCUUCUUCCUCGCACUCUCUCGUCAGCUUCGCUCAAUCGCCAAUCAUGGCCGAGCAGACUGAGAAGGCUUUUCUGAAGCAACCUAGAGUGUUUCUAUGCUCGAAGAAAUCUGGGAAAGGGAAGAGGCCUGGAAAAGGUGGAAACCGGUACUGGAAGAGCAUUGGCCUUGGGUUCAAAACUCCCAGAGAAGCCAUUGAAGGAACAUAUAUUGAUAAGAAAUGCCCAUUCACUGGCGAUGUUUCUGUCCGAGGCCGCAUCCUAGCUGGGACAUGCCAUAGUGCCAAGAUGAUGAGAACGAUCAUAGUCAGACGGAACUAUCUUCAUUACGUGAAGAAAUACCAAAGGUAUGAGAAGAGGCACUCAAAUAUUCCUGCACAUAUCUCCCCGUGCUUCCGAGUGAAGGAAGGAGAUCAUGUUAUCAUUGGCCAGUGCAGGCCUUUGUCAAAAACUGUGAGGUUCAAUGUCUUGAAAGUGAUUCCUGCUGGAUCUUCUGGUGGAGGGAAAAAGGCGUUCACUGCCAUAUGAGCCAUGUUUUACAAUUGCUUUGAUAGAACCUAGUCAUAGAAGUGCUGUCUUAGUCUGAGUAAUGAUUCAUUUGACUUAUUUCUUAUUUUUUUCCAAAAUCAAUUUUGAAAGUUUCUUUGCACCCACCUAUUUCUUACAGAUUAAUGAAGUGAUGGGAUUUUAAAUGCAUUUGCUGAUGCAGUGGAAUCAGGAUGCAUGUUGUCAGAUAUUUAUGGAACUUGCUUUACAAAUUUGAAACUACUGUGUCUAUCUUUUUUA